UGGCUGACCGCGGCUCGGGUCCCCAUGCUCUGCCUUGCGACCGCUGCUUGGCCUGCUGAGCCCGAAGGCGCCGGUGUGUCCGUACUGGGCUGCAGCUGAAGCCGGCAAUACAGCGAACUGGUGGUUGCCGUCGGGUCGUCUGCGGCUGGUGGUGGUGGUGGUGGAGGCGGGUGGUCAGAGGGCCCAGAGCCCCCCCGGUAGCAGGCGGAAGGGCCUGUCCUGUUCCAGCCACACGAAGAUGAACAAACUGAACUUCCACAACAACAAAACCAUGCAGGACCGCCGCUGUGUCUGUGUUUUUUUGCCCAAUGACGACACGCUCAAUGUCAUAGUCAAUGUGAAGACCCUGUGCCAGGAACUGUUGGUCCAGGUGUGUGACCUCCUGAGGCUGAAGGACUGUCACCUGUUUGGACUCAGUGUUAUUCAGAAUAAUGAACACAUCUACAUGGAGCUCGAUCAGAAGCUCUCCAAAUACUGUCCCAAAGAAUGGAAGAGAGAAGCCAGCAAGGGAAUCGACCAGUUUGGUCCUCCGAUGAUCAUUCACUUCAGAGCUCAGUAUUACGUUGAAAAUGGGAGAUUGAUCAGCGACCGAGCAGCCAGGUACUACUACUACUGGCACCUGAGGAAACAGGUGCUGCUCUCGCAGUGCAUCCAAAGAGAGGAGGCCUACUUUCUCCUGGCGGCCUUCGCCCUGCAGGCCGACCUCGGCAACUUCAAACGCAACAAGCACUUUGGGAAGUACUUUGAACCCGAAGCCUACUUCCCCCCGUGGGUGAUAGCCAAGCGUGGCCGCGAGUACAUCCUGAGGCACAUCCCCAACAUGCACAAAGACCAGUUUGCCCUCACGGCUUCAGAGGCGCAUCUGAAAUACAUCAAGGAGUGCGCCCAGCUGGACGACGUCACCGUCCACUACUACAGACUCUACAAGGACAAGAAGGAAGUGGACGCAUCUCUCACAUUGGGACUGACUUUACGUGGUAUUCAGAUAUUUCAGAACGUCGGCUCCGUGAGGCAGCUGUUGUACGACUUCCCCUGGACCAACGUGGGAAAACUGGUAUUUGUGGGGAAGAAGUUUGAAAUCCUUCCCGACGGUCUGCCUUCGGCCCGUAAGCUCAUCUACUACACCGGCUGCCCCGUGCGCUCUCGCCACCUCCUGCAGCUGCUCAGCAACAGCCACCGGCUCUACAUGAACCUGCAGCCGGUCCUCAAACAAGUCCGCCGGUUGGAGGAAAACGAAGAGAAGAAGCAGUACAGGGAGUCGUACAUCAGCGACGCUCUGGAUCUGGACAUGGAGCACCUGGACAAACGCUCCCGGGCCAGCGGCAGCAGCGCAGGCAGCAUGUCUCACCACAAACGCCUGUCCCGUCACUCCACGACCAGCCACGGCAGCUCGCACACCUCCGGCAUCGAGACGGACAGCUUCAGGGCCCCGAGUCAGGCCCCGCACAGGCCGCUACGGACCUGCAGCUCGUCCACGACCAGCCACGGGAGCUCGCACACCUCCGGCAUCGAGAGCAGCGGCAAGGAGCGCAUCCUGGACGACGACGAGAUCGAGAUGCUGGUGGACGACCCCAAAGACUACGAGGAGCUUCACGAGAUGGCUCUGGAUCAGGAGCUGUGCAUCCACAUCACCGAGGACAUGUUGACCAUGUCGCCCGAUCAGAGCAACGGAUACUCAGGACUGAUCGUCAAGGACGUCAGCUCCUCCACCUCCAGCUCCUCCGAGACCGUCGUCAAGAUGAGAGGACAGAGCAUCGAGUCUCUGCCGCAGACAUCUGCGUCCAGGAAGCCUCAGUCUUCCACCGACCGGCACAGCCAGUCUCUGGACGACGUCCGGCUCUACCAGAAGGACUGCCUGCAGUGGGCGGAGCUCUGCCAGGACACCGCCCACAGCUACACCUUCGGCUGCGCCCAGGAGCUGAGCGACAGCGGCUGCUACCAAGGCCUCGCCGACCAGCGCGCCAGCAUGCUCAGCGAGCAGCACCCGUUCCCCAUCAAGAGAGCCAACAAAUACUUCUCCCUGGACCUGACGAGCGAGGAGGUCCCCGAGUUCGUGGUGUAACGCUCCUCCGUGUCAGAUGUGGAGACGUUUGAGCCCUCAGGGAACGAGACGGGAGGAGAGAGAGCGCCGCCGAAGGUGCCACACAUAACGAACGAACAAAACACGGAGGAACUUUAGGAACGAACAGAGAACCCGUGUGUCUAAAACGUGACGCGAGCUGCUCCCGCGUGUGAAAGGAAACAAAAAGGGAUCGUGUCAUCUUCUUUAAAAAAAACAAAAAACACUUUUAUUCGAAUCUGUCUCCUCCAGACGGAUUUUAAGAACCACAUAAGACUCACGAAGAGCUUCAAAGACACAAAUCACUGAGCUACGAACCAAAGACAGCGAAGUCCGACUCUUCCACGCCACUUCAUCUUACCUCAACAGGAAGUGCAGUGUGCCAACUCCACCCCCUCCUCCUCCACCUCCUCCUCCUCCUCCUCCUUCUCUCAGACUGGACUCAUGUGAACACACAGCCGCCGUGCCUUCAUCACACUAUGCAGGUGUCAAACCGCCGCCUUCGACAAUCACGCGCCCUCACCUUACCCCUCCUCCUCGUUUCUAAAGAUCCAAUCAGGAGUCGGAGCUCCGCUUUAAUUUCUUUCAAACCUUUGUACGUGCACAACUGGAGGAGCCGAUCGAGCCAGUUCUUCAGCAUCUCAAAUGUCAAAUACAAAAAAGACUGAAAGGUUUGAAACUGUUUCCGUGGAGGAAUGAGGUCGAGUCGACUUAACGUGUCCCGACGUGCGGCCACGAGAGCUUCCCUGUAAUCAGAUGGAGGCCAAAACAAACUGUACAUUCAGACGCACACGUCCGUCUUCUUCUUCUUCUGUUCCAUCGUUUCAAACUGGAAUUUGUUACAUUUUUAUUAUUAUUUUUUAUUUUGCAUCUUCUCGUGUUACCUGAAAUCUGUGUGUGUGUGUUUUUGUACGAGCUGCCCGGACAGUUACUCUUUCGUUCAGUAUUACAAACAAACGCGAUGUGACAGUAUUAAGGACGUGUGAGAUCUCUAAAGACUGGUUUUAUCUUUUUAAAGACCGCGGUCAGGAAGCGUCACCUGACGGCAGGAGGUCGUCGUCGGUUGGUUUGUGAACAGCUUGUGACAAAAACAGUUCCAGCUCUGUCAGCGACUUCAUU